GACAGGCUCACUGUUCCUCAGGCUGUGACAGGAGAUCACGUACUGGGCUGCCAGUUCAACUGAGUUCCCUCCUCCUCCAGUCAUUCACCCAGAAGCAUUAAUUCAUGAAACCAAUAACGCGGUCAGUGAGCAUCUGAGAUCUGGGUUGGAAUGAGCCCAGGGGACCCUGAGGUGGAGUAACGCUUCAGUGUUUGUGUGGGGCGAAUGAAGCACAACUCACUGGGGCUGAACACACAAAUUACAGUCACUGCAGUCUACGCACACACACACUGGCUCUCUGUUAGUACACUUCUGAGGCAUUUUAAAUCUAUCCAUCCAUUUUCUAACCUUUUCUUCAAAUCCAGGGGUGCAGGACUUUGGACUGUAGCACAACUCUCACAAAUGGGGGGAUUAACAUACAGAUAGUAAGUACCUCAAUAAUUGAACCCAGGGCACCAGCAUUAAGAGGCAGUUUACUAACUGCUACUAACCGUGCCACCCUAGCUUAAAAACACAGUAUAAAACCGCUCUAUGAACCAGUCACGGCAGGGUUUAGAUCGAUGACUCAAAAUGGACGUGUUCUCAAAUUUAAAGACGCGGUCACAAGUUCGCAAGAAGUGUAAAGGAAGUUAAAAAGAUACCAUGCGCACACACACCCAAAGCCACACCUCUGCACCAUCAGAAUAACGGGACUCUCUCUCUCUCUCUCGGCGGGUAGCGGGGCGGAGGAGAAAGGAAGAGACGUCGUUCAGCCCUGCCUACUGCUGUAGCGUCGCCUAUCCCGCCGUCACUCCGGCUCAGUCUGAGCCGUCUGGCAGGCGGCUGUGGGUGGGCAGGGCAGCGUCUCUCUCCGCAGCGCAGGGCGUGUUGCAGCAGCUCCGGCGGCUGAAGAGCGAAAGGCGUAACUUUGGGCUUUUCGAGUUUGUUUUUAUAUUUUUGAGGGCUUUCAGGCGAAAGCGGGGCAUUUUUACGCACGGCCCAUCAUUUCAUCCUGAUAAAACCGACGCGCCCGCGGCGGCUCGUUUAGCUGUGAGACGGGCAGAGCGUGGCAGCGUCUGCGAGGUCGACGAGCUCUACUCGGAGCCGCUCAGAUUUUUGACCUCAAAACUGGUUUGUUUUUAUUCGCAGAAGUAGCCUACUUUGAGCUGACCUUUUUUCUUAACUUCAGUUUAUUUUUCCGACUCUUUGGCUAAGUUUUUCCAGUUAAGUCUCCGGACCUUCACAGUCCGGGGCGCUGUACCGAUACAAGCGGAACCAGCAGCGGCUCCGAUCGGAUCGGUUCGACCAUGCGGACGGAUUCAGGCUCUAUCCCGAUCCCGACCCCGGACGAGGUCCACGCCUUCGACCCGCCGGUCACCCCGGGGGCGGACGCCGUGUCGGUGCUGUGGUCCUUCGGGAAAUGUCUGGGUGCCCUGAUACCCGUCUACUUGGCGGGCUACUUCGGGUUCAGCAUCAUGAUGGUGGUGUUCGGGCUGAUGGUGUACACGGGCUGGAAGCUGACCAGGGAGGGCAAGGAGACCAGGCUGCGCUCCGCCAUGUACCUGCUGGAGAACGAGGAGGAGAUCACGGCCACCCGGGUCCUGCGGACCAAGAGAGAAAUGCCAGCCUGGGUUAGUUUCCCAGAUGUGGAGAAAGCAGAGUGGCUGAACAAGAUCCUGCAGCAGGCCUGGCCCUUCCUCGGUCAGUAUGUGGAGAAACUGCUUUUGGAGACAAUCGCCCCCAUUGUGCGAGCCUCUAGCCCUCACCUGCAGACUCUCAGCUUCACCAAGAUCAACCUGGGGGAGAAGGCUCUGAAGGUGGUGGGGGUGAAGGCUCACACUGAGAAUGACAAGAGACAAGUGCUGCUGGACCUCUACCUUAGCUACGUUGGUGAUGUGGAGAUCAAUGUGGAGAUCAAGAAGUACUUCUGCAAAGCCGGAGUUAAAGGGAUACAGCUCCACGGGAUGCUCCGCGUCAUCCUGGAGCCGCUGAUCGGAGACGUCCCGCUGGUGGGAGCCAUCACCAUGUUCUUCAUUCGCCGCCCUCGACUGGACAUCAACUGGACUGGAAUGACCAACCUGCUGGACAUCCCUGGGUUGAACUCUUUUUCGGACACCCUGAUCAUGGACGCCAUCGCCUCCCACUUGGUCCUGCCCAACCGGCUCACGGUGCCCCUCGUGGCCAACCUGCACGUGGCACAGCUGCGCUCCCCGCUGCCCAGGGGCAUCGUGCGGAUCCACCUGCUGGAGGCGGAGGCGCUGGCCGCCAAGGACACCAAGAUCAAGGGGCUGGUGAAGGGCAAGUCGGACCCCUACGCCGUGGUCCGAGUGGGCACGCAGACCUUCACCUCCCGCACCAUUGACGACGACCUCAACCCGCAGUGGAGAGAGCUGUACGAGGUCAUAGUACACGAGGUGCCGGGCCAGGAGCUGGAGCUGGAGGUGUUCGACAAAGACCCGGACCAGGACGACUUCCUGGGGAGGAUGAAGAGCGAUCUGGGCUGUGUGAAACAGGCCCGUGUUCUGGAUGAUUGGUUCCCUCUCAUGGACACGGAGACUGGUAGCGUCCACCUGCGGCUGGAGUGGCUCUCCCUGCUGCCCAGCGCGGACAAGCUGGACGAGGUCCUCCAGAGGAAUCGCUCUUUCUCCACUCAGAAGGCAGAGCCUCCCUCGGCAGCCAUCUUGGCAGUGUACCUGGACCGUGCACAGGAACUUCCUUUGAAGAAGGGCAAUAAGGACCCGAGCCCCAUGGUGCAGCUGUCCGUGCAGGACACCACCCGCGAGAGCCGAACCUGUUACGGCACUCAUAACCCCGUGUGGGAGGACGCCUUCGUCUUCUUCAUCCAGGACCCCCGCAGACAGGACAUUGACAUACAGGUGAAGGAUGAUGACCGCUCCCUGACCUUGGGCAGCCUGUCCAUCCCUCUUUCACGGCUGCUGACCGCUCCUGACCUCUCCUUGGAUCAGUGGUUCCAGCUGGACAGCUCUGGGUCAGCCAGCCGCAUUUAUAUGAACAUCAUCCUGAGGAUCCUCUGGCUGGAUGACAAUGUCUCCCCCAGCGCCCCUGUGUCGCCCCACCCCUCGGUGCCUGUGCCCAUGCCAGCCCCCGGGGGGGCAGGGCAGGGUGAGGACGGGAUGGGCUCAGUGGUGAACCCAGGUGGGGUCAGUGUCCCGCCCUCCGCCUCCGCCACUCUGCCCCAGCACACCAGCCCCGGUCCGAGCUUCGCCACCGAGGGGGUGCUGCGGAUCCAUCUUGUGGAGGCUCAGAACCUGAUUGCCAAGGACAACUUCCUGGGCAGGGGCAAGAGCGACCCCUACGUGGUGAUACGCACAGGGGGCAUGACCUUCCGCAGCCGCGUGAUCAAGGAGAAUCUCAACCCCACCUGGAACGAGCUGUAUGAGGUAAUCCUGACUGAGGUCCCGGGGCAGGAGGUCCAGUUCGAGGUCUUUGAUAAGGACUUGGAUCAAGAUGACUUCCUGGGCAGGCUGAAGAUCAGUCUGAGAGACAUCAUUACAUCCCAGUACAUCGACGAGUGGUUCACGCUGUCAGAGGUGAAGUCAGGGCGGCUGCACAUGACCCUGGAAUGGCUGCCCAGAGUGACAGACCCCGCCAGGCUGGAUCAGGUCCUGCGGCUGCAGUCCAAGAGCUCCUAUCAGAACAAGGUGGUGCCCGCGGCCGCGCUGCUGUCGGUGUUUGUGGAUCGUGCCCACGCCCUGCCUCUGAAGAAGAGUGGGAAGGAGCCAAAGGCAGGAGCAGAGCUGAUUCUGCAGUCAAACUCCCACAGGACCAAGGUGUGUGAGCGCUCCACCAGUCCGCUGUGGGAAGAGGCCUUCUCCUUCCUGGUUCAUGACCCCCAGGAGGACAUGCUGAUUGUGAAGCUCUCCCACAGCUGGGGGAUGCCGCUGGGCUCUCUGGUCCUGCCUCUGCGGGAGAUUCUGUUUGAACCAGACCUGGUGUUGGACCGAUGGUUUAACCUGGAUGGAGCAAAACCUGAGAGCCAGUUACUGCUGAGAGCUACAAUGAAGAUCCUGGAUUCCAGAGUGACGGAGUGUGGACUAGGGGAUCGGAGCGCACUGGACAAAGCCCCUGCUGGACUGGAGGGAGAGGUGCAGGAACAGCCCGUCCCCAGCCCAGAGAAACCAACCGCCAAUCAGGAUCUCCGACACCGAUCAGUGCCUACGCAAGGGGAUGGUGAGCAGGGUCACGGUGCACCUGGCCAGGUGAAGCUGUCUCUGUCCUACUCCAGGGAGGAGAACCGGCUGGUCAUCAUCAUUCACGCCUGCAGGCAGCUGGCAGCCUGUGCGAAGGACGGCUCAGACCCCUACAUCUCCUUCAGCCUUCUGCCGGACAAGAACAAAUCCACCAAGAGGAAGACCAGUGUGAAGAAGAGAGACCUCAACCCAGAGUACAACGAGAGGUUCGAUUUUGAACUCUCCCUAGCGGAGUCUCAGAAGAGGAAGCUGGAGCUCUUUGUCAAGAACAGUGUUUCCUUCAUGAGCCGAGAGAGGGAGCUUAUUGGCAAGGUCCAGAUCGACCUGGCGCAGGUGGACCUGAGCGCAGGGGUCACGCAGUGGUACGACCUGAAACAAGAGGCUCACUAGAUAACCAACAGCAACUGUGAUUCAGCCUUGCCCAGCGAUGCCUUUCCACCCCCCCACCCUCUCUCUCCUUCUCUCCUCCCCUUCUCUCCUUCUCUUCCGUGCCAAGAAUGUUUUAAAAUGAAUGAUUAACAGUUUGAUUGUACUGCUGUAGUGUGAGUACUGGUGAGGAGCAGACGAGAGAGGGAGACAUCCCCAGCCCCUAGGAGACACAAACAUGCCCUUCGGCCCUGCAGCCCAGCUCAGGUCCGACCCAGGGUCAGGAGCAGGCCCUCGAAGUCACGACUGCAGGGCUUCGUCUCGCGAGACUUCUGCUAGCCCCCUUGAGCUGCUAGCCCCUUGAGACUCCUGCGGGAGGCAAGGGAAAGUAUUGUCUCCAAGGCUCUGUUCUCCUUUCGCCAUGCUUUUGCAUUGCUCGGUGCCUGCCCACGAUUCCAGCUUAUGCCCUUUCUCACUGUGUCACGAUAUAUAUAUCACGACAGCGCAGCCCCGUCACGGAAGACUGGAGUCCGGAAGUUUCUGUUCUGUUGGUUUUAUCACAGGCUGUGUCUAUAGUCGGAGCUCCCCUUGCCCAUUUGCUGCUUUGGUUCGGCCCUGCGCCAUGCUUGGAGGCCAGUGCCAAGGUGCCCCCUGGGCACGCCCCCAACGUCGCUCAGCC